AUGACUCGAUUACUCCCUCUGCUUUCGCUGGUUGCCGCGGCAGUAGCUUCAUCCCAUGAAGGCAUGGGAGGCGAAGGUAUGGUAGGUGGUGGCAGUUCGCUGCCAUUCAACCUGCCAACUGGCAACGAGAGUCAGCUGAGUGCAGGAGGACAAGUCGGUGGAGAAGUCCAACUCGGCGGUGGAGGCCAACAAGGCCAGCACGGUAGUGAAAUUCAGCUCGGCGGUGGACAACAUCUACAGCCUGGUCAUUCAGGAAACGGGGGUAAAGGCAUUGUCAGAGGUGGUGGCGGUUCCAACGUCAUCACUGUCACCAUCAUCACCACAAAUAACGGCGGUGGUGCAAAUACGGAGGUGUGGAAUAAGCCUCCAAUGCAGCAAGGAACAAUCCAUCAGGUCACCGUUGGAGGCGAUGCAGGCCUUGUGUUCACACCCGAGACACUCAACCCUGCCAUUGGCGACAUGAUUCAUUUCAAUUUCCAAUCCCAGAACCACACAGUCACGCAAUCCACGUUCGAUAGCCCGUGUGCUCUGAUGCCAGGCGGUUUAGAUUCUGGGUUUAUGCCCAAUCCCAACAACACUGUGAAUCCGCCACCAACGAUGAUGUUCCAAGUUACGACCACGGAACCAAUCUGGAUGUACUGCAAGCAAGGCCCGCAUUGCGUGCGGGGUAUGGUCUUCAGUCUCAACCCUACUGCUGAAAAGUCCCAUGAAGAAUUCAAGAGAAAGGCUAUGGAGUCCGGCGGCGAGGGCGGAGCAGCUCCACCACCACCGCCACCAGAAGCUCCACCUGUUGAACCACCCGUCAUUGGAGAGACACCCACGUCCUCCGUCGAAAUUCCCAUUGGCACUGGAGUUCCUGGAAUCGGUGAAAUUCCAAUUGGAGGAGAAGGAGGCCAAGGAAACCAAGGAGGCCAAGUUGUUCCUGGCUCUGGAAACAUGGGAGAUGGUGCUUGCUCUUGCUCCUGCCUCUGCGGAGCUUCGGAAUUCCCUCCUGGCGCGGGUCUAGGAAGCACUGGCGGCUUUGGAGGUUCUAUCCCAAUGGCUCCCGCUCGGAAGCGAGCCGUUCUUUUUUGGUACUGA